AUGAGCGUCGCGAGAAGGUCAUCUUAUGAGCACUCAAACCUGCGCCGCUUCGCCCAUUGUUUACAGGAACAAGAGAGCCGUGUGCUUGUGCGUAUGAGGCUCAAUACCAUAGGGUGGAAACAGGCGGGGUUCGAAUUGGGCACCUCAGUCUCAAAACCUGGUCCAAGCAAGUUUGGUGGGCUUCACAAAAGUGGCGAAUGCAUCGGAGGCGCCGGGGGCGAGGGCGCGGCGGCGGCGGCGGUCACCGUCCACAUACGGUGCUCCAACGGGUCGAAGUUCUCGGUCCAGGUGGAUCUCGAGGCCACCGUCGGCGCCUUCAAGGGCGUCGUCGCCGGGAGCUGCGACGUGCCCGCGGAGCAGCAGCGCCUGAUCUACAAGGGCCGGAUCUUGAAGGACGAUCAAACCCUAGCUAGCUACGGUGUGGAGUCGGAUCAUACUAUUCACUUAGUUCGUGGUGCUGCGCCUUCAAGCACACCAGCUCCAACUACUACAACGAACCAGGGAGCUUCAAGAACUCCAAACAGUAGUCCGCCAGGUGGCGGCAGCGGCUCAUUAUUUCCUGGCCUUGGUGGGAUGUCCGGUACUGGGGCGUCGGGCCUAUUUGGGAGCGGAUUUCCCGACUUAGAACAGAUGCAGCAGCAACUAACACAGAACCCCAACAUGAUGAGGGAAAUAAUGAACACCCCCAUUAUACAGAGCCUUCUGAACAAUCCUGAUAUCAUGCGCAACAUAAUCAUGAAUAAUCCUCAAAUGCGCGAGAUCAUCGACCGCAACCCUGAUCUUGCUCACAUCCUCAAUGAUCCAACCACCCUCCGGCAGACUCUGGAAGCAGCGAGGAAUCCCGAGCUCAUGAGGGAGAUGAUGCGGAACACAGACAGGGCUAUGAGCAACAUUGAAUCUUCUCCAGAAGGAUUCAACAUGCUGAGGCGUAUGUAUGAGACUGUUCAGGAGCCUUUCCUGAAUGCAACGACAAUGGCUGGGGAAGGUGAUAUAGGUUCAAAUCCAUUUGCAGCUCUUUUGGGGAAUCAGGGGGCAACCCAAACCAGGGAUCAAUCAGCAAACCAUCCUGCUAAUAACACAGAAGCUACUACUGGGUCUCCGGCUCCAAAUACUAACCCACUUCCCAAUCCUUGGAGCACAAAUGCCGGAGGAGCACAGCCGGGGAGCACCAGGCCGAGUCCUGCUGGUGGGGCGAGGGCGACCGGAGCUGCAGGUUUAGGAGGGCUCGGUUUACCCAACUUGGAAAGUAUGACCGGUGGUAUGGACUCAUCUCUUCUUAGUCAGGCUAUACAAAAUCCCGCUAUGUUGCAGAUGAUGCAGAAUAUCCUCACUGACCCACAAGCUAUGAACCGGCAAAAUCCCGCUAUGUUGCAGAUGAUGCAGAAUAUCCUCACUGACCCACAAGCUAUGAACCGGCAAAAUCCCGCUAUGUUGCAGAUGAUGCAGAAUAUCCUCACUGACCCACAAGCUAUGAACCGGCAAAAUCCCGCUAUGUUGCAGAUGAUGCAGAAUAUCCUCACUGACCCACAAGCUUUGAACCGGCUUAUUAGCAUGAGUCCCAAUAUGCGGAACAUUUUAGAUUCUAGCACUGAAUUAAGAGAGAUGUUUCAGAAUCCGGAAUUUCUUCGUCAACUUAUGUCUCCUGAGACCUUGCAGCAAAUGCUGUCCUUUCAACAAUCAUUUUUUACUCAGCUUGGGCGGCAGCAAUCAAGCCAGGAACAGAACCAGAGUGGUGGUGGAACAGGCACACAAUUAAACUCUAGCAUGGAAUUCUUGAUGAACAUGUUUAAUGCAUUUGGGGCUGAAGGUCUCAAUGUUCCUAAUACGUCCAACGUGCCCCCAGAGGAGCUUUAUGCGACGCAGCUGUCUCAGCUUCAGGAAAUGGGUUUCGUGGACACUCAGGAGAACAUCCGAGCCCUGACCGCUACUUCUGGUAAUGUACAUGCUGCAGUUGAGCGGCUCCUAGGGAAUCUCGGUUAGUAGAUAUAUAUUUAAGAAUUGGUCAUGUCUUCCUUUCCUAUAUUAUGAUAGCCUUCAUUCCGGCGUGCAAAGAUAGCCCUGUUUUGCCGUUCUUAUAGCUCCCAAGAUGUCUUAUCACAGAUGCAUCUUCUGUUCCCCCCAUGGAAUAAAAAUAGAGAGAUUGGUCGAAGAGACUUGAACUUCUAUAGUGGAGGUUUUCUUGUGCCUUUUAGUUUCGAUGUUUGUUUUUUAUUUAUACUAUGGUGUUGUAUAUACAUAUAUUAAAGUCCUCCGUUUUUAUAUGUGCACCAAGUUUGAUUUCUGCA